AUUUGAGUCGAUUUUUGUCAGCUGUUCUGUCAAAAAUAUCAAUAACAUUCGAUACCUUGUGUUUGGUCCAGCUGAGAUGAUUUUAUCUAGAAUUUUAACAAGGAAUAUAGUUGAGUUGACGAACGCUCGUAACCGGCUAUUCUCCAAAGCAGUAAUACAACCCCUAAAAGAUGUCAAAGCCGAACUUUUGAUCACGGAUAAAUGUGCAGAUAGAUUGAAAUCUGUAUCUGAUGGAGUAAGCUUCCUAAGGGUGACUGUUGAAGGAGGUGGAUGUUCUGGAUUCCAAUACAAAUUUGAUUUAGAUUCAGACAUCAAGGAGGAUGAUAAGAUCUUUGAGAAGGAUGGUGCUAAAGUUGUAAUUGAUGAGACAUCCUUGGAAUAUGUCAAAGGAGCUACAGUAGAUUACCAGGAAGAGUUGAUCAGAGCAGCUUUCAAGAUAGUCAAUAAUCCUCUAGCAGAACAGGGAUGCUCGUGUGGUGCUUCAUUUGCAGUACGAUUGGAUUGAAGGACUUUAUAAUUCCACUUUUUUUGUUCUAUUGGGUUGUGUUGCUGGACAACCAUAGUUUGAAUGUUAUUGUUUACCUUUUCCAAAAGGUGGCUGUAGAAUUAUUUAAUUUAAAUGAAUUACUCCUAGAAUGAAAGUACAAGUAGAACACAUUGUUAUAUUAUUUAUUUAACAUGAUUUGCUUAGAGAAUAAAUGGUAAAUCUAAAA